AUGUCAGUCCAAAGAAAAUCAUUUUCUCAUGUAAAACGAAGUACAAUUGGUGAUGAGAGUUCCAUGCCAAAUUCUCCUGUUUUUCCUAAAUACAUGUCUGUGACUGAAUCUAGCAAAGCAAAAGUAAGGAAAGAAGACGCAACCGAACCGCCCUCGCAACGUCACAGAACUGCGGGCAGAACCUCCUUCACGCGAACUCCGGCGAAUCACCGGCAACCACCGCCGACGCAAGCACCGCCACCUCGACCUCCUUCGUCGUUGAGCCGCGCACGCCCGAAUUCUCAACCACACAGCCACCCGCGAACACCAACGUACAGCCACCGCGACGCUCUGUUCUCCGCGACGAACAACACCCCUCCACCGGAACCGCCGCGCAACCCACAACAAUCUGGAUCGUCAUCUCCUGAUACUGAUAGGAAAGAAGACGCAACCGAACCGCCCUCGCAACGUCACAGAACCGCGGGCAGAACCUCCUUCACGCGAACUCCGGCGAAUCACCGGCAACCACCGCCGACGCAAGCACCGCCACCUCGACCUCCUUCGUCGUUGAGCCGCGCACGCCCGGAUUCUCAACCACACAGCCACCCGCGAACACCAACGUACGGCCACCGCGACCCUCUGUUCUCCGCGACGAACAACACCCCUCCACCGGAACCGCCGCACAACCCACAACAAUCUGGAUCGUCAUCUCCUGAUACUGAUAGGUAA